AAUCAUUUAUCAUGCAGAAAUGUUGCACAAGUUAAAUGUCCUUUUGUAAUAACAUGUUGACAAUACAUGUAGCCCUUAUGUUGUGAUUGGAGGAAGUUGUACACAGUUAGUCAAUAUCUGUAAACGGUUUGAGGCAUGCAGGUGCUCUAUAAAUAGACGUGCUUGGCUCACAGAAAGUCAGAGAUAAGGAGGAAACCUUGUAUUACGGCACCGAACAGAACCAGCCAUGGAGUUCUUGUUUCUAUCACUGCUACUUUCUGCAGCUUAUUGCUCCGCUUUCCCAGCAGAGUCUGAUGAAGACAGUGAAGAGAGGGAUGCCAAAUUUGCUGAAGAAUAUUUAAAAAAAUUCUACGACCUCCAGUCAAACGGUGGACGCCAGUCCAGGAAGGAGAGUAACAGACAAUUUGCAGAAAAAAUCAGCGAAAUGCAGAAGUUUUUCGGCUUGGAGGUGACAGGACAACUGGACUCAAACACCCUGGAAGUGAUGCAGCAGCCAAGGUGCGGAUUUGUUGACGUGGGAGAAUUCAGCACCUUCCCAGGAAAGCCCACGUGGAAAAAGAGAGAUCUGACAUACAGAAUUUUGAAUUAUACUCCAGACAUGCCCAGAGCUGAGGUGGACUUAGCUAUCCAGAGAGCUUUCCUGGUUUGGAGUGAUGUGACCCCGCUGACUUUCACCCGGGUUUAUGAUUAUGUUUCUGAUAUUGAGAUUUCAUUUGCGCAACAAUAUCACAAUGACAACAGCCCAUUUGAUGGACCAUCCGGAACACUGGCACAUGCUUAUGCCCCUAGCAGUGGGAUUGGUGGAGAUGCCCACUUUGAUGAGGAUGAAACGUGGACACUUGGAUUUUAUGGUAUCAACUUGUUUAUUGUGGCUGCCCAUGAAUUUGGCCAUUCCCUUGGCCUCUUACACUCCAGAGACCCCAGCGCACUGAUGUUUCCAACCUACAGUUUUAUAGAGCCCAGCGAGUUCCGCCUUCCGUCAGACGACAUCAAUGGAAUUCAAUCACUGUAUGGAGCACAAGAAAUUCCUGACCAGCCAACUGAACCUGAACAGCCAAACCAACCCAACAACCCAUCCACAUGUCAGCCCAAUGUGACUUUUGAUGCAGUAACGACUCUGCGUGGGGAAAUCUUAUUUUUCAAGGAAAAAACUUUUUGGCGCCAAAUUUCCCAGGAUUCAGAGGCUGAACAUCAUUUAAUCAGCUCUUUCUGGCCAUUAAUCCCAAACCACAUUCACGCUGCGUAUGAGUACUUGGAAAAGGACCAAGUUUUUAUCUUUAAAGGUGAUAAAUACUGGGUUCUGAGUGCUUAUGAGGUGACAAAAGAUUCUCCAAAGUCCAUUUACCAGUUGGGUUUUGCAAGGACCGUUAAGAAAAUUGAUGCUGCCGUCCAUGAUGAAACGUCAGGAAAGACAUAUUUCUUUGUAGAUGACAAAUAUUGGAGUUACGAUGAGCAAACACAGAGCAUGGACACUGGAUUUCCUAAACAAAUAACAGACAACUUCCCUGGCAUUGGAACAAAAAUCCAUUCCGCUUUUCAAAAAGAUAGCGGGUUUCUGUAUUUCUUUGAUGGACAGCGGCAGUAUGAGUUCAGCACUGCUGAAAGGAGAGUCACGCGCAUAUUAAAGACCAACAGCUGGCUGAAGUGCAAACGUGGAAAUAAAAUGAAUACCCUCAGGAGAAUUUUCCAGAAGUAAAUGAUGUUUUCAUGUUGUGUUUUAUUAUUUCAAUUGAAUGUUUAUCUGUAAGAUAUGAUAUGAUAUGAUAUAAUGUUACAGCCUGAUAGUUGUGGCAUCAGCAAAAUAGCCAUGAGAUUUAUUGCAGCGAUUUUUUUAAAGGAAAAACUAAGUAGGUUUUGCGCUUACAAAAAUUGUGCAUUAAGUCUCGCGGCUAAAUCAACAAUUAGUUACGGACACUCAACAAUAAGUGUUUUAUUAUCACCCAAAGAAAUACUAUUCUGUCACUCUUUCUAUCCUGGGCACCCAGGAAAUGUCAUAGUGUUAUAUAUAUUAUGUAUUUUAACCUUUGUAUUUCAAUAUUAAUCUGUAUUAAAGUUUCCGGUAUUCAGUA